UUCCUUCCACACGCUCUCUCUCUCUCUCUCUCUCUCUCUCUCUCUCUCCUUCUCCUGCCUCGUGUCCUGCCGGCUCCGACCACGAGCACCGCCGCUCCCGCUUCCCGGCCCCGAAUCGAUCCCCCCCCCCCCCCAAAAAAAAAAAAAUCCACGCCAGUACGCCUUCUCCGUCUCGUUACCUCCACAUAUCUGUUCCUUCCCUUCCUGGAUCUGAAUUUCGUCGCGCGUAGCGUAGAUGCGGUUCGGAUGGGAGGAUUGAUCUCGUCGGAGGGCCCAUGCCGAUGAGCUUGCCGGGAAGGAAGGCCCCGACGGGGGGCGCUGGAGUCCGGCGGUGGCUCGUCACCGUCGUCGUGUCGGUGGUGGCGCUGGUGCUGACCCUUGUGGUGAUAUCGCUUUCCGUGGGCUCGUCCCUGCCUCGGACGUCGCUGCAAAAUUACCUCCCCGUCGGAGCUAAUGGCUUGGGAAAGCUGCCGUCUUCGGUUCAGCAUGCUGAUGGGGGCAAGAAUGAUCCUGCAAUUGGCGUUCCAUUGCAUGGGGAAGAGGUGUUGCAGGGUGUCCGGGAACCCUUGGUGGAGGGGAAUGGUCAGGGUGGUGAUGUGAAUUCAGGCGAGCAGUCCGGUCAUUCAGGAACAAUUGAUAGCAAAGAGCCGGAUCCAGUUGCUACUGAUGCUACCACGUCGACACUCAGCGAGGAUUCAUCAAAUGGAUUUCAAAAGGCAGAGCAAGGUACCUGCGAUCUAUACCAUGGGGAGUGGGUUCUUGAUUCUUCUGGGCCGUUAUACACAAACAACUCUUGCCCUAUUAUCACACAGAUGCAGAAUUGCCAGGGAAAUGGGCGACCAGAUAAGGAUUAUGAGAAUUGGAGAUGGAAACCUGAACAGUGCACCCUCCCGCGCUUUGAUGCAAGGAAGUUUUUGGAGUUGAUGAGAGGCAAGACACUUGCCUUUGUUGGGGAUUCAGUUGCUCGGAAUCAGAUGGAGUCCCUCCUUUGCAUUCUGUGGCAGGUAGACAUCCCACAAAACCGUGGCAACAAAAGGAUGCACAAGUGGCUCUUCAAGUCAACUUCAACAACUAUAGCCCGUGUCUGGUCUUCUUGGUUAGUGCACAGGUCAACUGAAGCUGUGGGGAUUGCUCCUAAGGGUCUUGAUAAGGUUUUUCUGGAUGUCCCUGAUGAGACCUUCAUGGAGUUUCUCCCAAGGUUUGAUGUACUUGUCCUCUCCUCCGGUCACUGGUUUGCCAAACGAUCAGCCUAUAUCCUGAAUGGGAAUGUUGUUGGAGGGCAGCUUUGGUGGCCUCGUCAAGCAGGAAAGAUGCAGAUCAGCAAUGUUGAUGCUUUUGGUAUCUCUGUUGAGACUUGCCUGACUGCUGUUGCGACUAACCCAAAUUUCACAGGUAUAGCUAUUGUGCGCUCGUGGUCACCAGAUCAUUAUGAAGGUGGAGCAUGGAACACUGGUGGAUCAUGCACUGGAAAGGUCAAGCCCUUGGAUGAGGUGGUGAGGAAUGGUUUUACCGAUGUGAUGCAUGAAAAACAGGUUUCAGGCUUCAGGAAAGCAGUGAAGAAUGCAGGGAAACAUGGCUCCACGUUGAAAUUAAUGGACAUCACUGAACCCUUUGCGUUCAGAGCUGAUGGGCAUCCUGGUCCAUAUAGGAGUCCUGACCCAAACAAGAAGACACAAAGAGGGCCAGAUGGAAAGCCUCCACCUCAGGAUUGUCUGCAUUGGUGCAUGCCAGGACCAGUAGAUACAUGGAAUGAGAUGUUGCUAGAGAUUAUACGAAGAGAGUUCGAGAGAGAUAAAAGCUGAAGAGCAUGCCCUCACAUGGUAGGUUCUGGCUCUGCGAAACAUCUUGGCGUGUAUAGCAGCAAAGCAUGUUGUUUUUUCCACACAUAGGAAGGAACGUAGCUUUCGAUACUUAAGAUUCACUGUACUUUUGUCUGACACAUUCUUGGACAUAUCAAUUCUUACCAAAUUUUGUAGAACUGAAAACCCAAUAUUGUAAACUGGUGUUAAGUUCUCUGCCCGUGUACUAGUCAGCUUGGUAUAAGAGAAUGAGAAUAUAACCGGGGAAAAAGAGCUCAUUAUUUA